AUGGAGGACUUUCCUUGCGAUGUUAUACGGUACGUGUCAGCUAUACAGCUUACAGGGACCAUUCAGAAGAAGACAUCGGGAAAUAACCAACAAGUUUUAGAUAAACUGAAGGUAGAGCGUGAACGUGGAAUUACUGGUUUGGAAUAUUCAUUUGUUGGCAUGGUUCAUACAGUGGAUGGGAAGUCUCAUCUAUUGAACCUAAUCGACACACCUGGCCACGUCGAUUUCGCGUGGGAGGUAUCGCGUUCAUUAGCUGCUUGUCAAGGUGCACUAUUGCUAGUCGAUGCUACCCAGGGCGUCCAAGCGCAGUCCAUCUCUGUCUUUCACGUCGCGAAAGAAAGAGGUUUGGAAAUUAUUCCAGUGCUUAACAAGAUAGACUUACCUGCAUCGCAGCCAGAAAGGAUAGCCGCACAAAUGCAGUCGACUUUUGGUAUCGACCCAUCGAAUAUCCUUCAAAUAUCUGCCAAGACAGGGAAGGGUGUUGAGGCCGUACUACAAGCGAUAAUCGAAAGGAUACCACCUCCUAAGGGGGUCACGGAUAAGCCGCUCAAGGCUUUUCUUUUUGAUUCCCUAUACGACCGUUACCGGGGUGUGAUCUCGCUCAUAAAUGUCCAGGACGGUAUUCUGCGCAAAGGCGAUAAAAUAACAUCCUGUCAUACCCGCAAGAGAUACGAAGUUACUGAAGUUGGUAUAAUGCACCCUGAAGAAGUUCAUACAGGGACCCUGCAGCCUGGUCAAGUGGGCUUCAUAGCCUGUAACAUGAAAGAAUCGUCUGAAGCCCAUAUCGGAGAUACCCUGCAUCGUACUGGGGAGCCUGUAGAUUCUAUGCCUGGUUUCCAGCCAACGAAAGCAAUGGUAUAUGCAGGGAUAUUUCCUGUAGACAGUAAUGACUUCAUCAAACUAGAGGAAUCGAUUAAAAGGCUUACUUUAACCGACCGAAGUGUUACAAUACAGCGCGAGUCGUCUACAGCACUAGGCCAAGGGUGUCGAUUAGGGUUUCUAGGAACAUUACACAUGGAUGUUUUUCGUCAGCGCCUUGAAGAUGAAUAUGACGCCAACAUCAUAAUCACUGCGCCAACGGUACCGUACAAAGUGAUAUACAGGGAUAGAACUGUCAUGAUCAGUAAUCCCACAGAAUUCCCUGAUGUUACAGAUCCUGCUUCCAAGGUUAAAGAAGUUCAGGAACCCAUCGUCAAGGCUUCUAUAAUUGUACCGGAAGAGCAUUUAGGAGAAAUGAUGGACUUGUGUUUCUCUCAUCGAGCAGAGGAUUUAGACCACCGAUACCUUGAUUCGGGAACUGCAUUAUCGUCCCGUGCUAUAUUAACGUGUACUCUUCCACUGAGUGAAAUAGUCACCGACUUUUUCGAUCAGCUCAAGGGCAGAAGUUCGGGCUUCGCGAGUUUCGAUUAUGAGGAUGCUGGAUAUAGAGCUAGCAAUUUAGCGAAGAUGGUAUUUUUGCUUAAUGGAAAGCCUGUGGAUGCACUUGCCUUGAUCGUUCAUCGUUCGGCACAACAGAACAUUGGUAGAAUAUGGGUAAAGAAGCUACAUAAGGUCAUCCCUCGACAGCUCUUCGAAGUGCCAAUUCAAGCCGCGGUUGGUAAGAAGAUCAUCGCACGAGAGAAUUUAUCUGCGUUGCGUGCUGAUGUCACAGCGGGGCUCUAUGGUGGUCACUACGAACGCAAAAUGAAACAUUUAGAGAACCAAAAGGAGGGUAAACGUCGCAUGAAGAAGUUUGGCACAGUAGAGCUUCCACAAGAGGCCUUCUUUGACAUUCUAGGCUCGAAGGGACGUUAAUACCAUAUGCAAUAAUAAUAUAAUUCUUGCAGUAAGGACACACCUCUGGACAUCCGAGACCUGAAGUGGCAGCCAGCAGAUCUAACAGGAGGGAAACUGUAGAUUAUACUAGUUGGUACUGUACAUGCAAACAGGAUAUACUUUCUCGCAUUUCCACAACAAUCGGAUCCACGAUCGACUUCACUAUUGACUGGUAGAUGAUAAUAUUUUCCCAGCAUCUAGUUUACAAUAUCAUUGUAGAAUCGCAUAAAAAUAAUUCGCAGACUAAUGCUAUCGUACAAUAACCGAACAACAGCCACUGGUUUCUAAUGCGUCGCAUUUGGUAUAGUACCAGCGUUCCAGCGGUAGUAGGAUGCCAAGACUUGACAGGUGAAGGACUGUAUUAGCCUAUGUUAUAGCUCAUGGUCCUCAUCAUCAUAUGCUUCCUUCAUGAGUCGGUAGACGGACGAUGGU